AUGUCUCAACAUCAUGAAAAACGAAAAGCAUUCAUGUUUGUUAGAUAUCCGGAAGCAUCAGGUCCCAAAUCAAUAAUGAAACAUCUUGGAUCAUUCUUUAUUUUUCAUUAUUCGUAUGACAUUUCCGAUUUGUUAAAAGAAUCGUUUAGUCUAGUGGUUAUUCCUGGAGGAACUGCCAAAAAACAAGCAAAAGACUUGGGCUCUGAAGGUUUGGCCAUCAUUAAAAAGUUUGUUUCUGAUGGUGGUUCUUAUCUGGGAAUUUGUGCUGGAGGAUAUCUGGCAUGUUUUUCAGAGUUGAAAUUAUUGGAAAAUGUCGAGUUUAUUCUUCCAAAAAAGAAGAGUAAUUUCAAAGGAAAUAUAAAAGUGAGCUUGAGUAAGCAAACAGAAGACAGCAUGGAGAAUAGUGAGGCAACAGUUUACUAUCAAAAUGGACCAGUUUUCAAUGUUGGAAAUGAUUCGAAUAUUUCCAUUCUUGCGACAAUUGUAGAGAGUGGUGAAAUUGAGUGGCCAGACAUGAUUGGAAAACCAUGUGUAGUCUAUGGUAGAUCUGGUAGGGGAAAAGUCUUACUAAUGGGUCCUCACUUUGAAACAUCUAAAGGUACUUCUCAAUUGUUUGUAACCUUUGCAAACAAACUGAUUGAUGAAACUUAA